AUGUGGCAAUCGUAUUUCCAGGAGAAUGUUAAGUGUGAACAAACUGAACAGGCUGGUGAAAUGGAAGGGGAGACAACCCUCCCUGAAUAUGAUAGUCACGAGGAAUGGGUCCAUGUUGAUAAGCCUUUUGAAAUGAACUGUGAUAACCUAGUGGGGGACAAGGAAAGAAGGAAAAAAGGCAGUCAUAAAAUAUAUGGCGAUGGAAGGAAGGACCCGUGCUGGAUGGUCGACAAUAGUGGAACGGAUAAGGGAAGAUACGAUACCUCUGAGGAAGGCGAAAAAAGGAGAGAAGACCAUUCGGAUAAAAAAUGGGUAUAUCGGAGUAGCGACCAAAAUGGCAUAUAUCAAAACGGCCUUAACUGUGUCUUGCGCAGCGAAAACAAAUAUGUGGAGUGCCUACAAAGCUGCGAGCACAUCAAGAAUAACUUCAAAAUGGUGAAGCUGCUAAAAGAUAACUGCUCCAAUUUUGUAUACAAAUGCUUCGACAUAAACAACAAAAGAUAUGUGGCCAUCAAAAGUGUGAACAAAGAAAAACAACUCUCCAUUAUGAGCUACAGUACAUAUUUAAGUAUUUACAGAAUUGUGCAGAAGAUUAAUAACGAUAAUGUAGUUAAGAUUUAUGAUGUGUUGGAGAGUCCUUCUCAUUUUUUUAUCGUCAUGGAGUUAUGUGAAGGGACAGACCUCGUCGAAUAUGUGUCCAAGGAAGAAAUUCCUUUCGAGAAGGUGAAAGAUAUUAUUUCACAACUACUGAAUGGAAUUAAUGCUCUGCAUGCCAAUUCGAUCAUUCACAGAGAUAUUAAAUUGGAUAACCUCAUGUUUAAGGACAAAGAUUUCGAGAAGUUGGUCAUAAUUGAUUUUGACAUGAGUGUUUACAUCUUGACCAAUCCCAGCUUCGCCCAAAACAGCGUGCACGCCAAUUCCGUGCAAGUGAACAAGGCCCUUCCAAAGCACUCAUGCAACUGCGAAUAUAUCGCGAGUGAGGACGUAGCCAAGAGGGGGGGAAAUGUGCUGCGCAGAAGCCAAUUCCUGACGAACAACUUCGACUCGAAUAACACGUACACCAACAGAGUCAUGGGAAAUAAUGAGGACCGAAAAAAUUGUGUCAUGUACCCUCCCUACUCCGAUAGUUAUAUAAAGAUUCACAAGAACAACAAAAAAACGACGUCCUUUAAUUACAAUUAUAUAAGUCAGAUAGAGAAUGGAUUCCUAUCUGCCUGUACAGGAAACACGGAGAAGACGUUCAUUAACGAAGGAGACAAAGUCAUUUACAACGAUCUGAUUAUUGGGACGAAAGAAUACAUGUCUCCGUACUGUUUGAAGGGAAUAUAUAGCAUAAAAACAGACAUAUACAGUAUUGGAGGUAUCAACAAAUGGCAGAAUGAAGUGAUUAACAAAAAUAAGGAUAUAGUCAUUCCUUUUUCCUUCCUUUUCCAUAACAUAACCUGCACUUAUUUUGUAAAAUUAAUGGACGUACACCUAAUGCACAAUAAUAUUUAUUUUUGCAAAAAUAGUUGCCUCCUGGAUAACAAUUUGAAAGAAAUUGAGAAACUGAGGAACAUCAAAAUAGAUUUUAAUCAGAUCAAAAUAAAUGCCAAAAAUAUUUACCUGCUUGAGAUUUUGAAGCGGUCUUUAUCGCUCGACCUCGACGAUCAGUAUAGUAGCGUUUCCGAAAUUUUGGAAAACAAAAUUUUCUCCUGA